AUGCUAGGUGUCAAUCCCCUGAACUUCACCAACAUUUUGAAACUAAAUGGAAGCAACUACAAGGAAUGGAAACAGGAGAUUGACAUUUUGCUAGGACUGUUGGAAUAUGAUGUAGCUUUAAGAGAAGAGAAGCCAGCUGAUCUGACUAUAGAAAGCACUGAAGCAGAGAAAAGUCAUUUUGCCAAUUGGGAAAAGACCAACAGGUUGUCACUGCUGAUCAUUCAGAAUCCCAUGGAGGAACAUGUAAGAGGUGGAAUCAAGAAGUGUGACACUGCAAAAGAAUAUUUGGCUGCGAUAAGUGAGAAGUAUCAGAAAUCCCAAAAGGUAGAAACUGGAAAUUUUUUGUCAACAUUUACCACCAUGAAGCAUGGUGGUACUGGAAGUGUUCGUGAACACCUUUUGAAGAUGGUUGAUGUGGCCAACAAGUUAACUAGCCUGCAGAUACCUAUUAAUGAUGAGUUUAUAGUUCAUAUGGCACUCAACUCCUUGACUCCUGAGUAUGAACAAAUUAAAGUCUCCUAUCAUACUAAGAAGGACAAAUGGUCAGUCAAUGAGCUAAUCUCAAUUUGCUGUGAGCAAGAAGAUAGGCUCAAAAAGGGUAAGACAAUGGUUGUUAGUUUGGUUGAUACAUUCAAUAGCAAGAAAGCUGGUGGUCCAAAGGAGUAUGGAAAUAAAAAAUUUGGAGGAUCAAAAGGUGGAUCAACCUUUGAUUGCCAAAUGAUAUGGUUGGUGAAGAAAGUUGAAAAGCAAUUGGACAAACACAUUAAAAUUGUAAGGUCAGAUCGUGGAGGAGAGUAUUUUGGCAGGUACACAAAGGCUGGACAACAGAAAGGACCAUUUGCUAUCUACUUGCAGGAAAAUGGAAUAGUAGCUCAAUACACAACUAGAACACCACAAAAAAAUGGCAUGGCUAAAAGGAGGAACAUGGCUCCUAAAGACAUGAACUACAACUUUGAAGAGACAGAGUCAUCUACACAUGCCUCUACAUCAAAUGAUCACACCCUUAUGCUGCCCAUUCCUUUUGUCCCUUUCAAAGUCGGUGAAAACAUUGCACCAGUUUCUGCCGAUACUCCUCAACCACAAGAUAUUGCUCCGCAAAAUAUUAUACAGCAAAUUGACAAUCUUUUUCAGGAUGAGCAACCUACUGCACAACUUGAGCAGCAUGAUGAACCUCCAGAAGUAGAGUUUGAUAUUGGUGAUGAAGAUGAUCCUAAGUCUUUUGAUCAGGCUAUGAAGAGUGCUCAAGCUUCUUUAUGGCAUAAUGCAAUGUUGGAAGAGCUAAAUUCAAUGGCAAAAAAUGGUGUAUGGACCUUGACAGAUUCCACUUCUUCCAGAAAACCCAUAGGAUGCAAAUGA